AUGAAGUCUCGUCCCAAAGUUAAUUAUACACAACAACAUGACGAUGGAAAAAAUCUACAAUCAAUUAUCGUAGAUAUUAGAACGCCAUUGAAUUCAAAUGCUGACAAAGACCAUGACGUUCGAUCGUUUUUUACUCAAUUUUAUCGUCGUUUUUCAUCUAUUGCCAAACCAAAACACUUGUGCGAUUCCGCAACAGAUGAUUCAAUCAAAUUAACUGACACAUCUCAAUUACCUUUGGAUUCUGCCGUUAUUCCGCAGAGCGUUUCAGUAGUGGCUAAUCCUCACAAUGAAGAUAUUUGCUUAUUUAGUGAUAGUCCACAUUAUGUUGUCAGGAUUGCUGGUACGGGUAACGUGGAUGAGUUUAACCGUUUAAUCCGUGAUGAUGUCGGAAAAUUGAAAAUUAAUAACGCAGCAGGAUUAUAUGCCAUUCACAAUGCGGCAGCGAGAAAUAAAGUGUCAAUAUUACAAAUUAUUGACCAAUAUAAAGGAGAUGUAAAUAUGCCGGAUAAAAAUAGCUGGACAGCACUUCAUCAUGCUGUUCGACAUAGUAGUAUAUCCGCCAUAGAAUGGUUAUUGGAUAAUGGUGCCGAUAGUACAAAGAAAACGAAAGAAAAUGAAGCACCAGCUCAUUUUGCUGUUAUAUACAAUCAACUGAAUGCUCUAAAGGCCUUACUUUCAAAACGUCCAGAAGAUGCAAACAUUUGUGGAGAUAGAGAUUCAUCACCAUUGCAUUACGCUGCAUUGCACGAUAAUUUAGAAGCAGCUAAAAUUCUAGUAAUUAAUGAUAAAUAUAGUGGAACUCUUUAUCCAUCUUCUAAAAAUCACAUUUUUUUUCUUCUAAAGACGGAUCAUAACGCUCGUUUAUGUCAAAAAACAUCAUACGGUUUAUUUCCAAUUCAUAUAGCUGCAGCAAAUAAUUCAAAUAAAGUUUUUCGUCAUCUUUUUGAAAUUGCUCGAUCACUUGGAUAUGAUCCUGAUAAAGUGUUGAAUUUUUGUGAUUCAGAAAACCAUCGUCCAUUACAUUCUUCUGUCAUAGGUGGUAAUAUGGAGGCAAUUCAAAUCUGUUUGACAAAUGGUGCUAAAAUAGAUGAUCAACAGGAUGAUCUUUCAACGCCAGCACAUUUAGCGUGUGCACAAGGUUCAUUGGAGUUAUUGAAAUUGAUGUUCGAUUGUCAACAGGAAUUAAAAGAAAAAGUAAUUCGUAUUAGCGAUGUUCAAGGCAUGACUUGUUUACAUAGAGCCGCCAUGUUUGAUCAUGUUGAUGUCAUUGCAUAUUUAUUAGAAAUGGGUGCCGAGAUUGAUGCAAGAGACAAUCAAAAACGAACGCCACUGCUAUUAGCUGCACUAAAAUGUUCUUUAAAUAGUGUGGAUUAUCUAUUGAUGAAAAAUGCAUCAAUCACUGCCCGAGAUGAAUGCGAUCGAAAUUUAUUACAUUUUGUCAUUAUGCAAGGACUUAAUUUUGAAAUAAUUGGACCUAAAUUAUUUAGUAGACAAAAUUAUCAUACUCUCUUUGAUCAACGAGAUAUCGAUGGUUUUUAUCCUGUUCACUAUGCAAGUCGAGAUGGUCAAGUCACAGUAUUAAAUACACUAAUAAAAUAUGGAUCAAAUGAUGAAAUUGGCAAAAAAACAAGUAAACGUCAGUCGCCUCUUCAUUUUGCAGCCCAAUAUGGAAGAUAUAAUACUUGUAAACAAUUGCUUGAUACACCAGGUUUCAAACGUAUAAUUAAUGACCAAGAUCAAAUGGGUUUGACAUCAUUACAUUUAAGUUGCCAAAAUGGUCAUACUAGAGUUGUUCAAUUAUUGUUGCGUAAAGGUGCAAUGUUUUCAAAAAGUUACGAUGGUAAUAAUCCACUUCAUGAAGCUGCAUCAAAUGGACACGUGAAUACAAUGAAACUUAUUUUACAGACACAUAGUCAUUUGAAAAAUAUUCAAAAUCGUUUAGGAAUGAGUCCAUUACACUGUGCUGCUAGUAAUGGUCAUGCUGAUAGUGUGGCAUUAUUAUUGUCUGCUAAUUGUGAAUUUUUGAGAAAUAAAGAUGGUGAAAGUUUUUUUGAUCUUGCUAUUGAGAAAAAGCAGCGAGAUGUCUGUUUAGCCAUUAUUGCACACGAUAGAUGGAAAGAAGCAUUGGAUUUAUCGUCAUCAAAAUAUCGUACACCUUUACUUGGUCUUAUUGAACAUAUUCCUGAAUGUGUUCAACCAGUCUUUGAUCGCUGUAUAGUGCAUAGUCAUGAUGAUAGAAAACACAAAGAAUAUCAUUUGACAUACGAUUUUCACUAUGUGAAUUGGACAGAUAAACAAGAAAUUAAAGGAAAAGAAUAUAUAUAUCCAAUGUUACCACUAAAUAUGAUGGUAACAUUUGGACGAACUGAUCAACUCAGUCAUCCAUUAUGUGAAGUAUUAUUACGUCAUAAAUGGUUAUCAUAUGGUUUUCCAUUAUACGCUAUUCAAUUAGGUUUUUAUUUAUUUUUCGUCAUUAUAUUAUCUUAUUUCAGUAUUACAUAUAAAGUAUGCAAUCAUUUUGAUCCAGUUUCAUGGGGAAUAGCAGAAAAGGGAACUAUUUGUCCAAAUCCAUUAUUCACAUCGUUUAAAGAAACAGCAACUUUGAAACAAGUUAUGUGUGUUUGGUUUAUUGUCUUCUUUUGCUUCUUCAAUAUUAUCUCCGAAAUUGUUCAAAUGAUUCAAGAGGGUAGAGACUAUUUUGGUGAUCUAGAAAACUAUGCUCAAUGGUUUUUGUAUAUAUCAACAUUGGUGUUCAUUUUUCCAUUUUUAUUUAAUGAAUCAAUGCAUUAUCAAUGGGAAGCAGGAGCAUGCUCUGUUUUUGCUGCAUGGUUCACGUUAUUAUUCUUAUUGGGAAGAUUUGAUAUGUAUGGUAUUUAUGUAAUUAUGUUUCUUGAAAUAAUGAAAACAUUGCUACACGUAUUAGUUUUAUUUUCAAUUUUAAUUAUUGGUUUUGCAUUAACAUUUUGUGUAUUAAGACCAUUUUCUCCCCAUCUUGAUCCAUCAAAACCACAACAUUUAUUAAUAAUUAUUAUUAAAUCUGUGACAAUGAUGCUUGGUGAACUUGAUUAUGAUCGUCAAUAUGUUGAUCCAAUUUUAAAUCACGAUGAUAAUCAACAUUUUUCAAUAAUAACAUUGAUAUUUCUUGCAUUAUUUGCGGUUGUAAUGCCAAUUUUAUUAAUGAAUUUAUUAGUUGGUUUGGCUAUAGGAGAUUUGAUGGAAAUUCAACGAAAUGCAAGACUAAAACGUUUAGCAAUGCAGGUUCAAUUACACACAAAUUUGGAGAAAAAAUUUCCAAGAAAAAUGUUACAACGUUUAGUUAAAAAUGAAUAUGUGAUGUAUAUAAAUAAACGAGUACAAUGUAACAUGUUAUCACGAACAUUGAGACAAUGGAUAAGAAAACCAUUGAAAUCAAAAGAUUUUCUAGGCAAUGUUGACGAAUUAUAUCAAGAUAGUGGAUUAUUAGUCAGUCUAUAUAAACAAAAACGAAGACAAAAAGAUAUGCAACGACAAUUAGAAAAAUUAACAGAUUUAGUCAAGUUAAUUGUACAAAAGAUGGAUAUACAUACAGAGGCUGAUGUUGAUGAUGCACCUCAUACGGGACCAAUUAAUAUGGAAAAACUUCAACAAAUAAUUAUUGCUGCUCGAAGAUUUUCUCGUGUACCUCAACGAAAUCGUCUUCAACAACAACAACAGCAACAAUCACAGAACUUUUUAGAUAGUAAAGAACAAUAA